AUGCGCCUUCAUUUCGUCAGCCCGCUGCUGCGUGCUGCCAGCGGGAACCGCGGAGGGGAAGAUUUUUGCUGCUGUGUUCCCCGAGCCUGUUACACGCAGCGCGCCGGGAGACUGAGAGAGGAAAGGAUAGAGGAAGUGCUCCCCUAGGCUGCAUGAGUCGAAGCAAGAGUAUUUCCUUCCCGCCAGGCAAGUGUCCAUAGAAACCGGGCCCCGCCCCUUUCCUGGCCUGCAUUCCCAUCCCCUCUCCCGGGGCGGAGGUGAGGAUCUCCUUGGUUCCUCUGGUUCUGUCAGUGAGCCCUUUCCUUGGCCAUGAAGCUCGUGAGGAAGAACAUCGAGAAGGACAAUGCGGGCCAGGUGACCCUGGUCCCCGAGGAGCCUGAGGACAUGUGGCACACUUACAACCUCGUGCAGGUGGGCGACAGCCUGCGCGCCUCCACCAUCCGCAAGGUACAGACAGAGUCCUCCACGGGCAGCGUGGGCAGCAAUCGGGUCCGCACUACCCUCACUCUCUGCGUGGAGGCCAUCGACUUCGACUCUCAAGCCUGCCAGCUGCGGGUUAAGGGGACCAACAUCCAAGAGAAUGAGUAUGUCAAGAUGGGGGCUUACCACACCAUCGAGCUGGAGCCCAACCGCCAGUUCACUCUGGCCAAGAAGCAGUGGGAUAGUGUGGUACUGGAGCGCAUCGAGCAGGCCUGUGACCCAGCCUGGAGCGCUGAUGUGGCGGCCGUGGUCAUGCAGGAAGGCCUUGCCCAUAUCUGCUUAGUCACUCCCAGCAUGACCCUCACUCGGGCCAAGGUGGAGGUGAACAUCCCUAGGAAAAGGAAAGGCAAUUGCUCUCAGCAUGACCGGGCCUUGGAGCGGUUCUAUGAACAGGUGGUCCAGGCUAUCCAGCGCCACAUACACUUUGAUGUUGUAAAGUGCAUCCUGGUGGCCAGCCCAGGAUUUGUGAGGGAGCAGUUCUGCGACUACAUGUUUCAACAAGCAGUGAAGACCGACAACAAACUGCUCCUGGAAAACCGGUCCAAAUUUCUUCAGGUACAUGCCUCCUCCGGACACAAGUACUCCCUGAAAGAGGCCCUUUGUGACCCUACUGUAGCUAGCCGCCUUUCAGACACUAAAGCUGCUGGGGAAGUCAAAGCCUUGGAUGACUUCUAUAAAAUGUUACAACAUGAACCGGAUCGAGCUUUCUAUGGACUCAAGCAGGUGGAGAAGGCCAAUGAAGCCAUGGCAAUUGACACAUUGCUCAUCAGCGAUGAGCUCUUCAGGCAUCAGGAUGUAGCCACACGGAGCCGGUAUGUGAGGCUGGUGGACAGUGUGAAAGAGAAUGCAGGCACCGUUAGGAUAUUCUCUAGUCUUCACGUUUCUGGGGAACAGCUCAGCCAGUUGACUGGGGUAGCUGCCAUUCUCCGCUUCCCUGUUCCCGAACUCUCUGACCAAGAGGAUGAUUCCAGUUCUGAAGAGGAUUAAUGAUUGAAACUUAAAAUUGAGACAAUCUUGUGUUUCCUAAACUGUUACAGUACAUUUCUCAGCAUCCUUGUGACAGAAAGCUGCAAGAAUGGCACUUUUUGAUUCAUACGGGGAUUUCUUAUGUGUUUGGCUACACUAGAUAUUUUGUGAUUGGCAAGACAUGUAUUUAAACAAUAAAGGAAAUAAUCUCCACGUA